AGAGCAGACCAGCGACAAGGCUACCGGGCUGUUGAAAAGCACUUUGCAGCGGUGACCUCCGAAUACCAACAGCCUAGCGGGAAAUGAGAAGCCAGUUGAUCGAAGUGAACAUCUACACUUCAGGAACAAGCAGGCGGCUUCCUUCAGAAAGAUGGUGAAGAAGGAAGAAAGGAUAGCAAGACAGAGAGGUGGAGCAGAAGAAUGAACCCGGUAAGGGGAGAGACUUGCAAGCCUGACGUGCUCCACAGCGCACGGGCUUACUCACAGCGUUGGGGGACACCAGGGCGAGCACUGAUCUCAGAGCCGAACCCUGAAGCUCGCAGGUCACAGCCGCACGCAACUGGAGCUCGGGAGCCAGUCAAAUCAAGGGGCGUAGCCUACACCGCCCUCUGUUCAACCAAUCCAAUCCCGCCGUUACGGGCGCGCGUCUGAUGACGUAUAAGAGAUACGCCCGCAGACCGGCCUCUUUCAAUCAAAUGUCUCGCUUUCUUCAUUGACACUUCCUGUUUCCGGGUCGUUGAGGUUGCCUCUCUUUUCCGGUUGUUUGGGCGGAGUAAGUGAGACGCGCCGUUUUUGAGCCGGUGAAUAAACAGCGGGGAGUCGAGGAAGCGUUUAAGCGACUGACGGAUCCAGAGGGGAUGAUUUUGAGCCUCACGCGUUUGUGACUAUGUAUCAUUGUGAUUGUACUGUUUAGAUCAAAAUGUCUGGUAAAGCAAAUGCUUCUAAGAAAAAAUCUCAACAAGUGAAAAGAAAAUUAAAACAAAGAGCCAAUAAGGAAGCGGAUUUGCCAGAGAACGAGGUUGAAAACACAGCAAAAAGGAACAGAAGUCAUACAGGACAUCUGUCCUCUAAAGUAACAGGAAAAGCAAAAUAUGUUCAUCUAAAGCGGGUAAAAAUAUCAUCCAACAAGAGAACAACCUGGCAACCACUUCCAAAGAAUACUGAAGAAUAUUUGCAAAGUAUGAUGGAAUCAGUAAUUCUUGGAAUUUUAAACAAAAACAUUAAAAGGAAAGAACAAAUUCAGUAUCAUCUCAACCAGUUGAAAAAAAGACUACUACAACAGUGUGCAACACUGAAAGUUCCUCCAAGAAAGCGGAACUAUUUAUCAGAUGUGUCAAAUCUGCUGAAAAUGGAAAAGACCAAGGAAAGAGCGAAUGAAGAGAGCCUGGCCUCACUGCAGGAAGAAAUAGACAAAUUAGUAGAGACCACAGAGUCAAUGACUGAGAGCAUUCAAACACUAAAGAACAAAAUUGAAAUUCUAAAAAAUGAAGUGGAGGAAGAGGAACAGGAGGUGAAACAGGUAUUUCACAUAGAGAGCAAUAAAGUACUGGCUCUUCCAGAACUUUCUCAGAAAAGUCUUAAAGCGCCCAUACUUCAAAAAGAAAUGUUGGCACUCAUUCCAGAUCAGGAUGCGCUUCUGAAGGACUUGGACGUUCUUCAUAAUGCAGCCCCAGUGAAGGACGUGGCAGCGUUCAUUCAGGAAGCCUACAGGAAGCUUGAUGGCUCCUAAAGAGUUGGGUUUUGUUUUGGUGUUUAAGGCUUGUUCCAUAUUAACUUAUUGUUGAUGAAUUGUAAAACUUUUUCCUUUUUAUAACAGUCUCUCACUGUUUGUAGCCUAGGCUGGCUCAGCACUUACUCUGUCUCCCAUUUGGCCUUGAACUCACAGCAACCCUGCCUCAGCAUCUUAAGUGCUGGGACUACAGGUGUGAGCUUCCCAUCUGGCCAAAGGUAUACAACUUAACUGUAGAUCUUUCUUCAGAACAAUUAACCUCUGCUAUCUACCAUAAAACUAGCCUUUGUGGACUUACCAUUAAUAUCUAAUGUCCUGAAAACGUAGCAGUUACUAAAUCUAGGAAAUCUGUGUAUAUAUAGAUAUUUGCUAAAACCGUUACUGAGAAUUAUUUUUAAAAAUAAAAAAAAAUGCCAUGAUGUA